UACAACACAAAUAUAGUAGUGAAGGAGUGUGACCACAGUCUUAACUGGGCUCUCUUUCCCACAAUGUAGAGGGGUGCGUUGAGUUGGACUACUCCCUACAAGACAUGGUCACAAAUGAGGGCACCAUUAUAGUUGACAAUCCAAAAACCGUGAUUGCAAAGAAUAUUGGUCUGGGCACAACUAACCAGAUAUCUGAUCUUUACCUGAAGCUGCUGAAGUUGGAAGAGGAGACUGAGCUUCUCAGAGAUAUUAACAGAGCUUUAAGAGAAGAAAAUGUAUUUCUUAAAGAUAAACUGAAGAAAUGGGAGACAGGACACCGUGAAAGUAAGAAAUUAAAGUCUCCUAAUAAAAGGGCAAUUAAGAUGACCAAACAGCCUGUCUCUUCAAAGGAAGCUGACCAGAUGUGCAACCAUCGGACCAGCUAUGAUGCUGAUUUUGCUAAAGCUCUUAAGGUCUUCUACCAAAACAUGAACAUAGUGAGAGGGCAGUUACUGAAGCUGAAGCACAGCAAACCCCCCCUGCUACCAACAGUGAUUGCCUAG